GUACGAGGAUGCAAAUAAGCUUCUGUGUAAACUAAAACCUAUACCAGCUGUUGUAAGUCACGGCACCUGAUAGUCAGGUGACACGUCCCGUGACGCAGGCAACAAAACAGUAGCUUUAAAAUAGCUUAGCCGAUACAAAACUCACGACCCAAAUACACUGUCAAGUGCGUCAGUUAACUACUUGGUUGAUACGCCGUCGCGUUUUCCUUCUAAAAUUUCGACCAACAUGCAUGACUGAUCUAGUCACGACAUAGGUCGUAAACCGUAAAUUAACAUACGUAAAUAUAUUGUUAGUAUAAUAAUAUUAUUGUACGCUAACGACAACCGAGGAAGGUUGUAAUAUUAAAUGGCGCCUACGGUUAUGGAACCUUACAGACAGCUUGUCAUUAACGAAAAGGAAGAGGAAAAGGAGAAAGAAAAAACUGCUGUGUUCGAGCGAGUGGUUCGACCAUGCUUGGCCGAGUUGACCGGCGCGUGUUUGUUUGUGUUCAUCGGGUGUAUGUGCAUCCCACACUCGCUCGCCAAGGAGCCAGGGAAGUCUCACCCAGCCCUGGCGGCCACGCCCAUCGCCCUGGCCCACGGGCUGCUAAUAGCCUCGCUUGUUAUUUCGUUUGGUAAAGUGAGCGGCGGUCACUUCAACCCCGCCGUUACAGUGGGCGUGGCACUGGCAGGACAUAUCGCGCCUCUGCUGGCAGUCUUCUAUGUAGGCAUGCAGCUGAUAGGCGGCCUACUGGGAGCCGCGCUCUGUAGGGCUGUGGAUACCAAAGCAUUAUUCGAAUCACUUAAUGGCGGAGCUCACAUCCUUCCUCCAGAAACGAGUGCUGGUCAGGGUAUUCUGUGUGAGAUGCUGCUGACCACGCUCCUGGUCUUAACGGUCAUCAUGGGCACCUGCGAUGGACGGACCAAGUCGGAGAGAGCACCUCUAGCCAUUGGAUUCUGUGUCUUAGUUGACAUCUUAGCAGGAAUCAACACAAGCGGAGCGUCAAUGAACCCAGCGAGAAGUUUUGGUCCAGCUGUUGCUGUCAGUGUAUACAACUCUGACGUGUGGACGUAUCACUACGUUUACUGGGUCGGCCCUAUUCUGGGGUCAAUUUUAGCUGGCGUUUUAUAUAGGAUACUUUUAGCCAAUAACGACAAGCGUCUUUUUCUGAAACGGGAAGUGCUAAUUGAAGCCGAACCCAAAGUACCACGAGUUUGGUUCUUUCUAGCCAACCCCGACAAAAGACUUUUUGUGGAUACAUUUUACUACAAGCAACUAAGGAGCUGACAACCUUCCAAGUUUGCCAAAAAUAUUGGAAAUUGUUCCUUCCUUCCAGUCAUUUAAGGCCAUGUUAAGUUUUAUCAUUGACAUUUCUCAUAUUCCUCAGUACUAGUUCAACUUAAAUCUGAUAAAUAAUUAAUGCAUGGGUUAAGGUACAUCACUAGCUGCAUCUUUGCAUGCAUCAUGGCUUGGUGUUUGGGUCAAAGGAUGGAACCCAAUUGGUGGACACAUUCUCUGAAUGGGUUUUUUCCCCCUGACCCAAUAAGUGUCCUAUAUGACUGGUAAAUCAAAGGCCAUGGUUUGUACUGCCCUGUCCUGUCCUUUUUGUGGGAAACUGCAAAUAAAAGAUUCCUUGUUGCUAAUGUAAAAAUAUAGCAGGUUUCCUCUGAAUUACCAAAUGUUUGACAUCUAAUAACCAAUUAUUAAUUAAUCAAUGUGCUCUAUUGGUGUCAUUAAAGAAAACAAAAUUUAAUUUAUUUGUAUCAUGGGAAUAGCUACCAUGCAAUGUACUCUCUUUUUAGAUUUCACCAAACCUAUAACUUGAAAAUUAUUUUAAUUUUGUUUUACCAAAUGAUUUGUUUUACAAUGCAAAACUUAUUUUCAGGUCUCAUGAGCAAAGCUACUAUUGUGUAACUUUUUUCAUCCAAAAUAAAAACUUGAAAAUUAUUCAACGCAAAAUUAUACAUCUCUAGUCAUUUGCACUAUUGUGAUGUGAUGUGGAUAUCUGCAUUUACAAAAUACAUACCUUUUAACCACCAAACUUAAAACAUUUUAAAUUAUGAUUGUAAAAUACAGAAUAUUGUUUGUAACAUAUUUUCUAAAUUCUUAGGAUGGAGUCGAGGAAACUGUGGUGGGAAUGCUCUUGCUUGUAUCUCUUUGUGCAUCAACAUCUAAGCAUUUCAAAAGCCUAGCUAUGCUUGUGUGUUUGGCAGUGUCAACCUUUAUUCUUGGAUCUAGUUCUACAUUAUGUUGCUGGACUUUAUUUUUUAUUUCUCAGAAAACUAUAAUCAACAGGUUAUUAACCUACCACAUAGUUUUCUGAGAAAUA